AAUAAUAAUUAAGAACAUUUCUGGUUCUGGAAUCCCGAAUUUAUAUCGUAAAUUUUGAAAAAAAAAUAUAUUUUAAGUUGUUAAGCAAUUUACAAUGUCCUGGCAAAUUUGUUAACGAUUUUGUUUACCCACAUACCAAAAUAAAAUGACUGACGACCUAUCACGUGACGAAGCUGCCCGCCAACGACAAGAGCGUUGGGAGCAUCAUAUGCACGGCCUUUGUAUACUUGACAAUCACUUGAAUGUAGAAAUGGAAAUAGCCUCUCACCGAUCAGCUGUACUCAACCAUCUUGUUGAGCAAGCCAACAGGGUUAAGGAUUUGUGGCUUGAAUUUCAACGGAAAUCUGACAAUGGACGUGUAUUGGAAGAUACUGCUGUACAAAUGGCUAUUGAACAACAUGGUCUGCAGAGUCAUAAUUUCCAUCAGCCGCAAUUGCAAAAUAUAACCAUUGUGUCACAACCUCCAAGUAAACCACCAGRAAUAGAUUGUGAUGAUGUAUUUAAUCAAGCUGUGUCWGCAGCAAUUGUCGCCAAUGGAUUAAUGACUGCUACUCAACAAGAAAAUUUCAAUAUGUAAUAUUUUUAUAUUAACAUUUAUAUCGUCAACCCAGGGACAACAUCUUGGAAAGAAAAUAAUAUAUCUACAUCAUUACCUCAUACAACUCUUGGAAAAAUUUGGUAAAUAUUUAUUUACAUACCAAUAUUAAAUCCUAAACUACUUAAAUUGUAUUGAAUAAAAAAUUAUUAAAUAUUUUAAAUCUCAAUAUGUGAUAGAAACAAACCAU